AUGAACGAUUUGCUUGGCGCGCUGUUUGCGCUGCUUGUAUUUUGGAUGAUUCUGCGCAUGAUUGUCGGUGUGCAGGAUAACGAGCCGGUUGAAGCGCGCCGUUCUAAUCAUGGACAAUCGAUGCAGGAAAUGGUGGACACUGUCCGCAAUCUCUUCCCCCACAUCCCCGAAACAUCCAUUCGCUAUGACCUCAUGCAAUCUCGCAAUGCAGAAAUUACAUGCGACAAUAUCCUCCAAAACGGAUACCUCCCUACGCCACCACCCGAGUUCCUCGCGACGCUGCCGCAGGCUGCGCACUCAACUUCAAGCGCGGAAACUACCGAGAGCGGAAAAGACACACUAUCUCGUCCUGCGCCGAAUUUAAUUGCGCGAUUCCAGCUUGAUUCACGGCUUAACGAAGACAGUUCGAUGUCCACUGCACUUGAUAAAGGCAAAGCGCCUGCGCAUCGCAGCCUGUCGAACGAGUGGAGCACUUCAUCCAAAGCCCGUGAGUUUGCGCUACAGGAGCGCAAGGCACAACUCAUUCUGCAAGCACGACAGCGUAUGCUGCAGCGCAAGGCCAGUGGUGCUGGCAAGACGGAUGGUAAUGUGUCGACAUCUGCUUGA